AUGUCGGUUACGUUGAUACAUAGUUACCUCGUCCGAGACUACUUCGCUGUUCCGUUUCUUACACCACAGGGCAUAGGUUACCACCACUUUUGUCGGAACUCCUUCUUACAUGUUCCUCAAAGAGUUGUUGUUCCUCUCUUGGGCUUGAAGAAACGUUCACAAAAACCUUACUUCAAACCUUCUACUACUACUACUGAAAAGCCGCAAUCUAACCCUAGUCCUGUUCAUGAGAAGCCUGUUCAUGAUGAGAAGCCUGUUCAUGAGAAGCCUGUUCAUGAUGAGAAGCCUGUUCAUCAAGCUGAAGCACCACCACCGACUCAUCAAGAAGCACCACCACCGACUCAACAAGAAGCACCACCGACGACUCAAGAAGCACCACCGACGACUCAUCAAGAACCACCACCGACUCAUCAAGAAGCACCACCACCGACUCGUCAAGAAGCAGAGUUUUUUGGUGGUUCGGUCACGAUGGGUGCUGCUCCUUCCCCAAGACACGUGCCGAUUCCGAUGUUUUAUCUUAGAGAGAAGAUCAAAGAGUCCUCAAAGCUAACCAAGACUUGA